AUGGCGGGAAUGCCAAGCGUAACAACCAUCGAGCUGCCCUGGGACAUCCUGGCCCUGGAACAAAUUCUGCCUUGGGAUAACCCCCGUACUGAGUCUGGUACGCGUAAGCUGGUUGAUACCAUGAAGUCCAAGAAGGGUCGCUCUGAUUAUGCCAUGCCGGAUUUGGCAUGCGCCAGAUGUCGGGAACGCAAGAUACGUUGUGGUAGAGAGCGUCCAGAAUGCCGGAACUGUGAGAGGGAGCCAGGUGUUGUUUGCAUCUAUCGGGUCCCUGCAAAACGCGUCAACCAUCUCAAGCUACUGUGUGACAGCGUCGAGCGACUUCAGGACCGCUUAACCAACAUUGAAUCCCACCUCCACCGGCUGCAAGGCUCCGGCUUUCGGGCCCCGAAUUUUAAUGAAGGCCGGACAGCGCCGUGUAUAUAUUUGCUGGGUGGGCGUCAGUCAGCAACGAGCAGUAACUACUCCUCCUAUACCGACGAAGAUGAGAGCCGAAGAGAAGAUGCGACUCAGGACGUCACCGAUCCAAAGAUAGAGGGCUCGUCGGCUGGAUUGACAUCCAUCUCAGGACUAUGCGACCAGCUCUGGAGACGUGUUCAAGCGGCCAAUACAGCCGAUCCGUCAUGGAGGCCUCUCUGUGACACGCUACAGCAUCUGUGUGAGAUAACCGGCACGGUAGAGCCUUUCCCGCCAUACAGCGACCGCAUAGCUGCUCCUCUCCUCCCAAAGGAACAGGCUAUCACCGCCGUUGACAGCUUCCUCCAGUCUCAAGACUGUCAGACGGAUGUUUUCGUUCCGGGGAGUCUUCGGGCCAACCUUGAACGCGUCUAUUCGCAACAUCCGCAGCAGCCAGACGAUGAUACAUGGGCAAUAUGCUUCCAGGCUAUUACUAUUUUGGGCCUGCGGCUGGAGACAUCGACACAAGCGGGCUUUGGCGAAUCUGCACGCUCAUUUCUACCCAGUCGGGCAGCGCUGGUUAACUCUCGCCUUUUAACUACGCCGCGGCUGAUCAAUGUGCAGACCUUGAUCCUACUUAGUGUCGCGGCUCAGCACUUCGACCCCCCCGGGUGGGCAGAGCUGAUCUUCGCCCAUGCCUGUAUGCUGGCCCGGACCAUGCAUAUGCAUGCCAGUCCGCUCCUCCUAAAUAAUGGUAGUGAUGUGCAGGUUGAACGGGCUAAGGUUCUUCGAGCAUUAUAUGUCCGCGAUCGCAUGUUGUGCUUGACGCGGGGGUCGGUCUCGUGGCUGCCUAGUGAAGACUCUAAUAUCACAGCCCAGCUACGGUUAACUGUAGACCAUGAUGAGUUGUAUACAGACCGACUCAGACUGGCCUUGAUUCAGGAAGACGUCUACCAUCUGUCGCAUGGAGGCUCUGCACGUCUGACAGUUCGAUCUGCACCGGGUUUGCUACAGACCAUUGAGCAGCAACUCGAGGACUAUGCUUGCGCCUUUGACCUGCUACAGGGCCAAUACCAUGAUGCUUCGGAAUAUAAUGGAACACGUGCUUUAGCUGCCAUGGAGUUUCUAAACACACGCAUCAUAGCCUUUCAACAUGGUCGAGAGGAGCGCCACGCGAGACAAGUGCGACAAGACGCACGGACCAGCUGCCUGCUUCUGCUGAUGGCCUACGGGGACCCAGAUCCGACCAUUUUGAAUACCUUCAACAUCCUGACACGAGGAACCGCAUCUCGGAAUAACACCCAGCAGAGUACCACACCACCUGGAGCGGCACCUUUCGGAACAGUGCUGGAUGUAUUUCCCGUCCCUGCAUUCUUUGUCCUACUCCAAGACAUCAUCUUACCACCAUCGAGCGGGAUAAACAACAUAGCGACGGAUCUGGACCUGCUCCGACGAGUCUCCGCCUGCUACACCGACCACGCGAGCCGAUCACGGACGAAUAACCACCACCAGAAGGUUGCAUGGGUCUUUGCACAGCUCCUGGCACUGCUGGAGCUUGUUCCGCGCGAUGGACCGGCGUUACCAUCCACCUCUCCUCCCCAAUCUAAUGAUCCACCCAGCCCGUCAUAUUGGGCGCCGCCGCCCCCGGCAGGUGUCUCGUUGGCAUGGGAUAGCUGGCUGUCGGGGACAUCUUCGCUGGGGCUUACUCCCCUUGAACCCGGCACGUCGAUGGGCGCGUGGAAUUUAGUGAAUAUCCAGGGGCAUAGUGGCGGAGAACCAAUCAUGCCUUGGCCGGCUAUGGGCGAGGACGGCCCAGCGCCGACCGGGUUACGUGGAAGCCCUGAGAGUGCUGCAAAUACUAUGAUGAGCCCGAUGUGAGGGAUGCAGAUUGUUUUGUUGCAAUUUCUCACUCUUACAAUACAUGUACUGCUCUUUCGUUAUGGCUGUGAAUGCGGCUAUCCUCUACAGCACGACUUGCGCAAAGCCGCAACAGAUCAGAUAUUUUGUUCUAGGAGCAAUCUGCACAUUUCCAUGACCUGUUGUAUAGAUAUUUUCUAUCGGCAUCAGCGCAGAAUGGCACAACGAACUUGAUAAAUACAUGACUUGGCCCUGAGGCGCACGAUAGCCCAACGAAAAUGCGAAUGGAAG